AUGGGCGACCCGACGCCGCCGGCGUGGAUGGCGGUCGCGGCCCGCAAGUGGCUCGAGGACGCCGGCGCCAUCGGGAAGGACGCCGCAGGCGGCGACGUCUGCGCGGCGGCGAUCAUGUCGGUGGAGGGCAUCAUCAAGGUCUCCGUCCACUACGACAUCUCCUACUUCGUACCGGCCAAGCACCAUGACGAAGUGGAGAUGGAUGGGAGGGUGGUGGACCGAAAAGGGAGGAUGACAGCGGUGACGAUAGAGGUUCGUAAGAAGGAGACCGGUGAGCUAGUGGCGAUUGGACGGCAGUGGAUGACCACUUCCAGACCAAAGGGGUCUCAAGGAAGCAAGCUAUGAUAAACUUGUUGUGCUGUAUUCAGGGGCAUUCAUAACUGGUCUCUUUACACCGUCCUAAAUCGGCUAGAAGUCCGUAAGUCAUUUUUUUCAAAACUAACCAAUUACCUAUAUUGGUCAUUAUGGUAGCGCUUGUCGUAUGUUUGGAAUAUGCUGAUUUUGACGGGCUCUUUCACAACCUUUGAUGAACACCCUUAGCCGUGUUAAAUUCCUCGAGUGAUCAUCAUUAGCUCAAUUCACUUAAUUUAUCACCAUGAAACA